CUUUACUUGCUUCCUUCAUUUUGUUGCACUCACUUCUAGAAAACCUUUGUCUUUCUAAACCCAGACAUAAAAUUAGUUUGAUUUUCACCUAAAAGAAUGUUGUUUAAGCUGAUCAUUUUUUUAAAGCUUGUACUGAUAAGUCUCCUGUACGCACAGGAUGACUGCAAUAGUGGUUCCUGUCAUCCAGUGAUUGGAGAUCUCUUAGUGGGUCGGAGUGAACAACUAACAGCCUCAUCAACCUGUGGAAUGAAUGGCCCUCAGAAAUACUGCAUUAUAGGUUAUUUGGAGGGUGAACAGAAAUGCUUCUUCUGUGAUUCCAGAUACCCUUAUAACCCCUACACGCAGCUGAACAGUCACAGAAUUGAAAAUGUCAUCACAACUUUUGAACCAGAUAGGAAAAAAAAAUGGUGGCAAUCAGAAAAUGGCAUCGAUCAUGUCAGCAUCAGACUAGAUCUAGAAACCUUAUUCCAGUUCAGCCAUCUUAUACUGACAUUUAAGACCUUCCGGCCUGCAGCAAUGCUGGUGGAGCGUUCCACAGAUUCUGGUCAGACCUGGAAAGCCUUUCGAUACUUUGCCCAAGACUGUGCUGCUGCUUUCCCCAAUAUCCCUUCCGGUCCAGCGAGAGGAGUGAGGGAUAUUGUUUGUGAUUCAAGAUACUCGGACAUUGAGCCUUCCACUGAAGGCGAGGUUGUCUUGAAAGCUUUGGAUCCCAGCUUUGAAAUAGAAAACCCUUAUGUGCCAUAUAUCCAAGAACUCAUCACCUUAACAAAUCUGCGAAUCAAUUUUACGAAACUCCACACCCUAGGAGAUAUUUUACUUGGAAGAAGACAACGUGAUCCCCUUGAAAAAUAUUAUUAUGCAGUUUAUGAAAUGGUUGUCCGUGGAAGCUGCUUUUGCAAUGGACAUGCUAGCCAGUGCAGUCCAGUGCAGAAACUGCGGGGAGACGUUUUCCAUCAGCCUGGAAUGGUUCAUGGUAGAUGUAUCUGCCAGCACAACACCGAUGGCUUGUCCUGUGAGAGGUGUAAAGAAUUCUACAAUGAUGCUCCCUGGAGGCCAGCGGAAGGAUCACAGGAUAAUUCUUGCAAACAAUGUGAUUGCAAUGGCCAUUCUGACAGAUGUCAUUUUGACAUGGCAGUGUACCUAGCUAAUCAUGGCAUCAGUGGCGGCGUCUGUGAUGACUGUCAGCACAAUACCAUGGGACAACAUUGUGACCAGUGCAAACCUUUCUUUUACCAGGACCCACUCAGAAUGAUUUCUGACCCUCAUGCAUGCCUCCCCUGUGACUGUGACCCAGAAGGUACAUUAUACAGUGGACGGUGUGAAAGCCACACAGACCGCACUCUUGGAAGUCUUGCUGGUCGAUGCCUUUGCAAGGAGAACGUUGAAGGAAUCCGUUGUGACAAGUGCAAGCCAAACUACUAUGGGCUGAGCAGCAGCAAUCCUCUGGGCUGUCAGUCCUGCAACUGUAAUCCUUUUGGUAGUUUGUCUUUGUCAAUCUGUGACCCAGUGACUGGAGAGUGCCUCUGCCAGCGGUUCACCACUGGGAGACAUUGUGAAGAAUGCGUUGUAGGAUAUUGGGGACUUGAGAAUAGUUUGUAUGGUUGUUCUCCAUGUGAGUGUGACAUUGGUGGAGCCUACAAUAGCCUAUGCUCAUCAAAUGAUGGUCAGUGUGAAUGUCUCCCUAACAUUGUGGGCCGUCAGUGUAAUGAACCAUCCCCAGGCUACUUCUUUGUACCACUGGAUUAUUAUAUCUAUGAAGCAGAGCAUGCAAAGGCACUCUCUGGAUCUGCACCCCUGGGUUCAGUCCAAUUUGGAAGGAACUCUAUUCUGGACAUUGUUUUCAGAGAGCCUCUCCCAGGGAAACCUGUCACAUGGACAGGGUCUGGAUUUGCCCGUGUUUCAAAUGGAGCCGGAUUAAGAUUUAUUAUCAAUAAUAUUCCCUUUACCAUGGACUUUGACAUUGCCAUUCGUUAUGAGCCUGAGUCUUUAGAAGACUGGAUAGCGAGUAUUGCCGUUAACCCCCGUGGAACUUUAGCAAAUGAAUGCUGCAAGAACAAGCCAGACCCACAGAAGCCAUAUGCAUUGGCCCUACCAGCUAGAAAGAGAAUUGCACUUCUACAGACUCCUUUCUGCUUAGAACCAGGAGCAGGGUAUUCUGUAGAUGUUUAUUUUUCUCAGCCUUCUGCCUCUGACUCAAAGACUAAAUCAGCCAUCUUGAUUGAUUCACUUGGCCUUAUUCCUAGAAUCAGUUCUGUGGAGAACUUGUGUAGUAAGAAAGACUUGGAUGAGUAUCAGCGGUAUCAUUGCACUGAAAUUGCUUCAGAAGCUGGACCUCAUAUUUUACCAGAAGUAUGUGCAAGACUCAUAGUGAGCAUGUCUGCUCAUAUUCACAAUGGAGCAAUUUCAUGCAGGUGCCAUCCUCAGGGGUCACUGAGCUCCAACUGCAGUAAGCUGGGAGGCCAGUGUCAAUGCAAGCCUAAUGUUUUUGGCCGCUGCUGUGACACAUGUUCAGUUGGGAGUUACGGUUUUGGAUUUCAUGGUUGUUACCCCUGUCAGUGCCAUCCUCAAGGAUCGGUGAGCACUCUCUGUGAUCAAGUGACUGGGCAAUGUUCAUGCCGGCCAGAAGUUGAUGGUCUGCGAUGCAGUCAGUGCCUCCCUGGAUAUUUUGGAUUUCCCAAUUGUCGACCUUGUUCAUGUAAUGGCUAUGCAGAGCUUUGUGACCCAGUGACUGGGGCAUGCCUAAAUUGUAGAGGCUUCACAACUGGAAGUAGCUGCGAAAGAUGUAUUGAUGGUUAUUAUGGGAAUCCUCUAAAAAGAGUGCCUUGUUGUCCAUGUAUGUGUCCAGACUCUCCUACAAGCAACAGAUAUUUUGCACAUUCCUGUUACCAAGAUUCUCAGACUUUGCAAUUAGUCUGCAAUUGUCUCAAGGGCUAUUCAGGCAAUCGAUGUGAUGAGUGCCCUAGUGGAUUCUAUCUGAAUGCAAGAAGUCCCAGGACUCAGUGUUUGCCCUGCUCCUGCAAUAAUAACAUUGAUAUGACAGAUCCAGAAUCCUGUAACAAGACUACAGGAGAAUGCUUAAAAUGCUUAAACAAUACACAUGGGCCCAACUGCCAAUUCUGCAAGCCAGGCUACUUUGGAUCUGCCCUUAUUCAGAGCUGCAGAAAAUGCACUUGCAAUCUUUCAGGCGUGAGCCCAGCAAUAUGUCCAUCUGAAAAUGAAGCUUGCCUCUGCAACCCAACAACUGGAGCCUGCCCUUGCUUACCUAAUGUGAUAGGUUCAUUGUGUGACCAAUGUGCUCCUGGCUACUGGAACCUGGGUAGCAGGAAAGGAUGUCAGCUCUGUGGCUGUGAUCCAAACAACUCUCAAACUAACCAAUGCAACCAGGCAAGAUAACAGUUCUCUCACAGCUCACAUUUGGCAAUGACAUGUUGAAAGGACACAAUCCAAGACUCUCAUAACUUUUUUUAAAAUCUUUGUUUUGCUCACUGUUAACAUCAGCCUCUUAGAAAUCUUAAAUUGCCAGAAAUUGAAUUAAAUGUGUCAUGUUUUGGUCCAUCAUGCAUUACAGGCUGCCUUGUUGUGAUGGGAUUGCUCUUAAGCAAUGAGUUC